AUGGGCUGUUCCUCCCCCAUCUUAUCGCUCUCCUACCAUGGGCCCAUCCUACCUCCUCCCCUUGUCUCCUCCCACCUCGGCUCUCUGUGCUCCAUUGCCCUUUAUGACCUAUUGGAGGGGACGGCGGUGCUGGAUUGUGGGAUCCUCAGACAAGGUAAUGGCCUGCAGGGAGAAAACACACAGGUUAAAGCAAGCUGUGGCCGGCUUGAGUGCUCUAUAGAGAAAGUAAACCACUUCCUUCAGGACACUGUAAUUGACCUUCUGAGAGACCUGGAACUGGAGCCCAACAAAGCUAUCAUCAGCCCAGAUCCCCCAACAACGGUGUUCAACCUGAAGAAGCCAAGCCUGAAGGAGGUUGAGGAGGUCGUCAAGGCGGCCCGCUCUGCGUCAGCACCAGGCCCCAGUGGAAUUCCUUAUCUGGUCUACAAGCGCUGCCCGGAGCUUCUAUGGCACCUGUGGAGGAUCCUGAAGGUGAUUUGGAGAAGGGGAAAAUUGGCCAACCAGUGGAGGAAUGCUGAUGGAGUUUGGAUCCCCAAAGAGGAGAACUCACGAGACAUCAGUCAGUUUCGAUCCAUCUCACUGCUGAGCAUGGAAGGGAAGGUGUUUUUUAGCAUCGUCUCACGAAGACUGACUGAGUUCCUCCUCAAGAACAGCUAUAUUGAUCCAUCAGUACAGAAGGGAGGGAUCUCUGCUCCUGGCUGCUUGGAACACACUGGGGUCAUCACGCAACUCAUCAGAGAGGCCCAUGAGAACAAAAGCGACAUAGCCGUGUUGUGGUUGGACCUGGCCAAGGCCUACGGGUCCAUACCACACAAGCUGGUUGAGCUCGCUCUCCACCUCCACCAUGUUCCCAGUAAGAUCAAGGACCUCAUCCUGGAUUACUACGAUAACUUCAGGAUGAGAGUUACUUCUGGGUCUGGGUACUUCUGAGACAUCAGACUGGCAUCGCAUUGGGAAAGGGAUAAUUACAGCAUGGGGAAACUCUUCAACUCCACCCUGAAGGACUCAGCAGCCAUCCAGAAGGCCAGGAUAGAACUUGGAACCUGGCUCACCAAGGUAGACCAGUCUGGACUGCCUGGUAGGUUUAAAGCCUGGAUCUACCAGCAUUCAAUCCUGCCCCGCAUCCUGUGGCCCCUGUUGAUUUAUGCAGUCCCAAUAACAGCAGUUGAGUCCCUAGAGAGGAAGAUCAGUGGCUUUCUUCGAAGGUGGCUGGGACUUCCUCGCAGCCUUACCAUCGCUGCCCUGUACGGAACGAGUAACAUCCUGCAGCUUCCUCUCAGUGGUCUCACAGAAGAGUUCAUGGUGGCACGCACCAGAGAAGUUCUACAGUACAGGGACUCAAAGGACUGCAAUGUGUCAGCAGCCGGCAUCGAGGUGAUGACAGGAAGGAAGUGGAAGACAUGGGAAGCAGUGGAGCUGGCAGAGUCAUGCCUAAGACAGAAGGCAUUGGUGGGCACUGUGGCAACAGGCAGAGCAGGCUUGGGUUACUUCCCAAAGAUCCUCAUCAGCCAGGCCUGUGGGAAGGAAAGGCACCACCUGAUCCAGGAGGAAGUCAGAGCGGGUGUGGAGGAAGAGCGGGUGAGCAGGGCAGUAGGACUACGGCAACAGGGAGCAUGGACAAGGUGGGAGAGCGCACUACAGUGCAGGAUCACCUGGACAAACAUCUUGCAGCCAGAUUUUCAGCAGGUCCGCUUCCUGGUGCAAGCUGUCUAUGAUGCUCUGUCAAGUCCAGCGAACCUGCAUGCGUGGGGGAAAAGUGAGACACCUUCCUGCCCGCUGUGCUCUGGUAGAGGCUCUUUAGAACACCUCCUCAGCGGCUACCCAAGGGCUCUGGCAGAUGGUCGCUAUCGCUGGCGCCAUGACCAGGUGCUUAAGGCAGUCACUGAGAGCGUAGCCUCAGACAUCAGCUCCAGCAAGAACCAUCAUGCUCCAAAGAAGGCAAUCUCCUUUGUUAAAGCUGGAGAAAAACCCAGAGCAAACCAACAUGUGACAUCAGGACUACUCCACACAGCAUCUGACUGGCAGCUGCAGGUCGACUUUGGUAAGCAGCUGAGGUUCCCCCAGCACAUCGCAACAACAUUCCUUCGCCCAGAUAUGAUCGUGACCUCUCAGUCUUCGAAACAGCUGAUCAUACUGGAGUUGACAGUGCCCUGGGAAGAAAACAUUGAGGAAGCCAAUGAGAGGAAGAGGGCUAAGUACCAGGAACUGGUGGAGGAGUGCAGGGAGGGAGGCUGGAAGACGGUCUACGAGCCCAUAGAGGUAGGCUGCAGGGGAUUUGCAGGGCGGUCUCUGUGCAAGGUCCUCAGCCGCCUGGGCAUCGUAGGAGCGGCAAAGAAGAGGCCCAUCAAGUCCGCAAGCGAAGCCGCCGAAAAGGCCACCAGGUGGCUUUGGAUGAAGAGGGCAGAUCCGUGGGCUGCUACUGGGAUGCAAGUCGGGGCUUGAUCACCCCCGGCUGGGUCGCCUGGGUGAGGGUGUAUGAUGUUGCAAGACCCGAAACACCCGAUGACCCCAGGAUACAUCACUGAUGA